AUGGUGGCAUUGGCUAUUCUGCUUGUAGCAGGCAAUGGAGGAUUAAUUUCUGCUGAAUAUGGGUCAUCAUCACCACCUUAUGUCUACAAGUCACCACCACCCCCUUCUCCUUCACCACCACCACCAUACCACUACGAAUCUCCACCACCACCGGUUAAAUCGCCUCCACCACCUUAUCACUAUGAUCUCCACCUCCUCCCCCACCAAAAUACUACUAUAAAUCCCCACCCCCGCCACUACCUUACUACUACAAAUCUCCACCACCACCUCCACCAAAAUACUACUACAAAUUUCCACCACCACCUUCACAUCCAUCUCCAUCACCUUAACAAAUCCCCACCACCACCAUACCAUCCGACACCAUACCACUACACUUCGCCACCGCCACCAAAGCCUCACCCUUACCCUCAUCACCACCCACUCAUUGUCAAGGUUGUUGGAAAAGUCUACUGCGAGAAGUGCCAUGAUUGGGCAUACCCCGCCAAAUCUCACGGCAAGAAACACCUCAAAGGUGCAAUUGUGCAAGUAACAUGCAAAAAUGGUGACAAAGACAUAGUUGCAUAUGGGAAAACCAAGAGCGAUGGUAAAUACAGCAUUACGGUCAAGGAUUAUGACUAUAAGAAAUAUGGAGCCAAAGAAUGCAAGGCCAAAUUGUUCUCAGCCCCCAAAUAUUCAACUUGUAGCAUUCCAACUGACCUACACAAUGGAAAGAAGGGAGCAUCGCUCAAGGUGAAAUCCAAGACUCAUUAUGAGGUUGUGCUCAAGGCCAAGCCAUUUGCUUAUGCACCCAAGACCCCUUCUAAGGAGUGUGAGAAGCCCAAGCAUCCUYCUCAUCACUACCACAAGUCUCCCCCAUCACCAACACCAACUUACUACUACAAAUCACCUCCUCCUCCAGUUUACCACUACAAAUCACCACCCCCACCACCGCCAACUUACUACUACAAGUCACCCCCUCCUCCUCCACCAGUUUAUAAAUACAAGUCCCCACCACCACCAUCACCUACAUACCACUACAAAUCACCACCACCACCCCCACCAACUUAUCACUAUAGCUCUCCCCCUCCCCCAGUUUAUCAUUACAAAUCACCACCUCCUCCUCCACCCACCUAUGAAUACAAUUUAUGA